AUGAGUCACGUGCGCUAUGCAAAUGAGCCAGCUGUCGGAGAGGAAGGAUCUGCUCAGCGGCUCUGCGGGCUGAAGAUGGCGGACGAAGAGACUCGUCUCGGAGCGGCCUUUUCGGGCGCCUCAGAUAUGGAAGAACCUGCCGCUAAAAGGUCGAAAAUCAGUCCAGUAAUUUACCAUGGAGUUAAUGGUGAUAAAGCAGAUCAAUUAUCAUGCGUCUCCGGGGCCACCGAGAGCUGGGAGGCGGCGAUGGAUUGUGCUCAGCCCGCGGAGAAGGAAGCGAAGCCGGUGAUGGCGGUAGAGCAGGCCCCAGCAGAGCCAGGCGGAGACAACAAUGGCCUGGGACUCAAACCAGCAGUGAAAUUAGACGACAGCGCUGUACUGGGGACAACUGAGGAGGAUGCUGUUUUCCUCGGACAUGACGACCUCCCCUCUAACGGUCUGGCUGUCACACCGGACCACAACAACGAAGACGAUGACAGAUCGUCACACGCAAGCUCCAGCGACUGGGCACCGCGACCGCAAAUAGGUUCCUACGCGUUCAUCCAGCAACACAUCAGAGAGACAGAUCCGAGGACCAUUUUGAGAGAUUUGCUGCCUGAGACUGAACUCCCAGCAGAUUUAGACGACAUGACAUUGUGGCAGAUCAUCAUCAACAUCUCAGAACCUCCGAAAAGAAAAAAACGAAAGGAUAUUAACACCUUAGAAGAUGUGGUCAGGCUACUCCAUGAAAGUAAAAGGAUCCUUGUGCUGACUGGUGCAGGGGUGUCGGUGUCAUGUGGAAUACCAGACUUUCGCUCCAGAGAUGGUAUUUAUGCACGGCUUGCUGUAGAUUUCCCUGAUCUUCCAGACCCUCAAGCUAUGUUUGACAUUGAAUACUUCAGAAGGGACCCAAGACCCUUUUUCAAGUUUGCUAAGGAGAUCUACCCCGGUCAGUUUCAGCCGUCGCCUUGUCACAAAUUCAUAUCUAUGAUGGAUAAGCAGAAGAAGCUGCUGCGCAACUACACCCAAAACAUUGAUACAUUAGAACAAGUGGCUGGAGUUCAGAGGAUUAUCCAGUGUCACGGGUCGUUUGCAACUGCUUCCUGUCUCGUCUGUAAACACAAAGUGGAUUGUGAAGCUGUAAGGGAAGACAUCUUUAACCAGGUUGUCCCUCGUUGUCCACGUUGUCCAGAUAUUCCCCUGGCAAUCAUGAAACCUGACAUCGUCUUCUUUGGAGAGAAUCUUCCAGAAAUGUUUCACAGAGCCAUGAAGCAGGAUAAAGACGAGGUGGACCUCUUGAUUGUCAUCGGCUCCUCGCUUAAAGUCCGACCAGUUGCCCUUAUCCCAAACUCCAUUCCUCAUGAAGUGCCUCAGGUCCUGAUCAACAGGGAGCAGCUUCCUCACCUCAACUUUGACGUGGAGCUGCUCGGAGACUGCGACGUCAUCGUCAACGAGCUCUGUCACCGGUUGGGUGGAGAUUUUGAGCAGCUCUGCUUCAACACUUUAAGACUGACGGAGACCACAGAUAAACCCCCGCGGCUACCGGAACAGCCACCAAGUGAGGCCUUGCCUGCUUCCAGCGACGCAGCUCAGGAGGAACAGAAGCAGCACAGUACAGACUCAGUAACUAAGCCUUCAGAGGAGACACACAGUCCGAAUGUCACAGAUACUGCCGGUAAUAAUGUCACACCUCCAGAGCCUUGUCCAAAUGCCCAGUGUCCCAGUGAGGAGACGGCUGAGCCUUCAGAGUUACCGGCAGAAGACGUGCCAAAAGAAGAGGCCGCUGAAGUAAAGAGCCACACCUCCAACCUGGAAUUCCGAAGACGAUGCUGGAUGAGUCGGAUCAACAGAAGUCCGAUCAGCAAACGCCUUGAGACCGGUCAGUACCUGUUUCAAACACCAAAUCACUAUAUCUUCCACGGGGCGGAGGUUCACUCUGAAUCUGAAGACGAGACAUCGAGCUCCUGCGGGAGCGACAGCGAUGAGUCUGACUGCAGCGCAGACGGGGGGGAAGAAGACAGCGAGCUGGAGGACGCAGACACACUAGCAGCGGAUGGAGAGACACGCCUUGGAGACACAAUACAACUCACUUUAUCCAACGAGGCCGCGUCGGGCGCGCAGACAGACAAUACUCCUGAAAAGACUCAGAGCACCGCACACCUUUAAAUGUAAAGUCGACAAAGCACUAAUUGUCUUUUCGUAUAUUUUUUGAAUCAUCAACCUUACUAUUAUUUUUCAUGAAGUUGAAAUUGUGUGACAACUUUGUGAAUAUGCAGCAACUUCUCUUUAUUUUGUAUUGCUAUUUGGCCACAUGCAUUGUCUGAAACCUCAUACUGUAUACUACUUACUAAAUAGAAUGCAGUAGUUAUUUUUUUUCUUAUUGAAGAUUUCUUCCCAUUAAUCUCAUUUGGUAUACACAUUUUGAGUAAUUCUUCUUCUUCUGAGAGAUCCACUGUAGACACUAGAUUAAGCUUUAAUUCCUAAAAUGCAGUUAUUACAAGCAAAGACUUCCUUUGUCUUACUCCAUAGAGGUAACUCAACUGUGGUCUAAUGAUGUGUUUUCAGAGUUGGUUAUGUUACCUUUGGGAAACAUGUAAAUAUGUAAGCCCACUGCCUGCUAAAUAGUGGGUUUCACUAUGAGUUUCAGACACAUACAUAAAUCUUCAAAUGGUUUACUUGCCAAUAACGCAUUGUCUAACUUGCAAUAUAAAAGUCAAGCGCUGCCUUUUCAUGAGGGUAAAUGCUUGGAAGAAAAAAAAGAACAAUACUCUUUCAUUUCAGACCAAAGAACACUUAGCACCACAGUUAUGUUGUCAUAAGCUUUGUAUGUUAAACCUGUCAUUUGAAUCUUGGAGAAAAAAAUAUAUAACUAUUGAAAAGGUGUUCCUUCCGACAUGUGGCAGCUACUUUUUACGGUCAAGCCUCUUAUUUUUGUACUCUGAUGUGACACAUACUCAUCAAAGAGUAGAUGAUAGUUUAUAUCUGUACAAAGUUAUACUAAGUUGUAUUAUUAAGCCUUAGGAAUAUAUUCAAUGAGUUCACAUUGAAAAUGGCACUUUUGUUCCUUUCUUACAUAAGCGGUUUUGUUGCCCAUGUCUUUUUUCAUAAGAUAUCAAGUUAUAAUUCAGAGGGGUCUGCUGCCUGUAAAGAUAAAGUGUUGGUACGGAGAAAUGUAAGCCAAUGUGUUAAUGCUCUACACCGACAUAUUUCACAUGCCAUUUACAAGGUAGCCUUUUGUUUAUGGAAAUAUGUUUUUUACAUCCUUAUAGUUAUCUUGUCUUGGUUCUCAGUAAAAUUGAAUGAAAAACA